UAAAAACAUUUAAAAUAAUUUUCAUACGAACAAUGUCUGGCAACACUUAAUUCUUUUAGUGGACGACAUUUUUGUAGCCAGCGAGGAAAAGGUAUCGUUUGAGAAGUGAAGAUGGGUCGUUAUUCACAAGAACCCGAGAAUGCUACAAAAUCUUGUAAAGCUCGAGGUUCAAAUCUUAGAGUUCAUUUUAAGAAUACAAGAGAGACUGCUCAGUCUGUCAAAAGAAUGCCCCUGAGACGUGCGCAACGAUUUUUAAAGAAUGUCAUGGCUAUGAAAGAAAUUGUGCCCUUCAGAAGAUUCAAUGGAGGAGUGGGACGUAAGGCACAGGCCAAGCAAUGGGGAUGCACUCAAGGAAGGUGGCCCAAAAAGAGUGCGGAGUUUUUGCUACAGUUGUUGCGUAAUGCCGAAAGCAAUGCCGACUACAAGGGUCUGGAUGUGGACAGACUGGUCAUUGAACACAUCCAGGUCAACAGAGCACCCAAGAUGAGGAGGAGAACCUACAGAGCUCAUGGACGUAUCAACCCGUACAUGAGCAGCCCCUGCCACAUAGAAGUAAUUCUGACCGAAAAAGAACAGGUGGUGGCCAAGCCGACGGCAGAGGAAGAGGCACCCAAAAAGAAGCUGUCGAAGAAAAAGAUGGCGAGACAAAAAUUAAUGCAGAGAGAUUAGAUUUUUUUCUGUUUGUAGGCAAGACUGCAAACAGAAAUGUAUUGAUAAAUAAAAAUAAAAUCUAUUGAAAGAU